AUGUCUCACGGAUCGACGUGCGAUCACAGGCCGUUAAAAAUAGUAUCGCAAAAUGUCAGAGACGACAUCGCCGUUCCAAUUUCAAUCAACAAACAAACGAUAGUGACAUACUGGUAUGACUUUUACAACGCGCAACGAUUUAUGUAGUAUUUGUGUAAUUAUAAUAGGGUAAAUUUGUUUUUAUAAAUGCACAUGCGUUUUAAUUCAAGCAAACGCAUUAUGGUUCCAAAUCACUGGUGAUUCGAUAUGAAGAUGGCAAACACAUCACGGAAGGGACAAGUGUACAGUGUUGGCAAUUACCUUAUGACUGGUAAGGUAUUAGGUAAAGGACACUUCGCAAGAGUUGAGGAGGCAACUCACAGGAUUAUAGGAAAAAAGGUGGCCAUAAAAAUAAUCGAUCUUACCUGCAUAAAAGAAGAGUACGCCCGCCGCAACCUGCACAGAGAGCCGAGAGUUAUGGCCAAGUUACGCCACCCGUGUAUCGCAGCCUUAUACGAAACUAUGAUGCACGGGCCGCGGCUGUACGUGGUGAUGGAGGCGGCGGGUGGCGGCGACCUGUGCGCUCACGUGCUGGCAUCGCGCGGCGCAGCACGAGGCCUACCGGAGGGCCGCGCGCGCGCCCUCGCCGCGCAGCUCGUCUCCGCCGUACGCCACAUGCACUGCCGCGGCGUCGUGCACCGUGAUUUAAAAAUGGAGAACAUCAUGCUCGACAGCACGAAGCAGUUCAUCAAAAUUGUAGAUUUCGGCCUUUCCAACGUGUGGAACAUCAGCGGGGCGCUCUGCACCCCGUGCGGCUCACUCGAGUACGCGGCGCCCGAGCUGUUCGUCGACGGACGACGCUACGGGCCCGAAGUCGACCUCUGGAGCAUCGGUGUGAUAGUGUACGGCAUGGUGACGGGCAGCCUGCCAUUCGCGGACGUGGAGGCGGCGGAGGGGCGGUCGCGGCCGCAGUUACGCGCCGCCAUCGCGCGCGGCUUCUCCCGCAAGCAGCGAGUUGCGCUCGCCUGUGUCUCCAGCGAAUGCAAGACGUUCAUUCAGCACCUUCUGGAACCGAACGUGGAGCUCCGUCUGAAGAUUGAGGAAGCAGCCCGGCAUCGCUGGAUACGCAAGCCCGGCAUGAGGAUGAAGACGCACCCCCUGGGUGCCACCGAAACCAAAAUUAACAGAGAGAUUUAUAACCAAGUGGCAGAGCUAUGUGGUCAGACGAAGGUGGACGUGAUAACGCAGAUAAAGGCGGACCCGUUCGGUCCCGUGGCGGGCAUCUACAACAUAAAGACGCAUCUGCACCUCAUGCACUCGGUGGCCGGAGCUGACAUGCUCUGGUCCACCAACACCGUGGAGGCCCGGCCGCUCUCCCCGCCGGAGUACAGGGCCAGGACUGACCUCGAAGCUUCCUCGAGUAGCAGAAGAUUCUUCGGACACUCCCCCCCUAGAGGCUCCAAGAGCCCGAUCAGAAGGAUGACCACGUUGCCGCCCAAGCCCCCGGACAUCAAAGUACAAACCGGACCCAAACCAAGCGCCGUGUACACCAAGGCGUCGCCGACGACCGCCAUCCCCAAGGACAUUUUGAGGCAAAGAAUAAUCGAUAGAAAGGUCGAAAAGGCGAAAGCAAACGAGAGCGCAAAGAAGAAUCCGACCGAGAGGAGUUCGAAAACGAGUAAUCAGAUGGCGCCCGCCCAUUUCAUAUCGAAUAAAAUUAUAGUGUACGACAGCGGCGACUGCACCAUGAACUCGCGGCUGCCCAGCAUCACGGAGCACUCCAGCACGGACGUGGGAGAGCGCCGCGAGACGAAGGCCGCACACCUCGCCCCCUGCACCAACACCCUCGACUAUCGCCGGGCAGACUUCUACCGCCGCGCGGGGGACGCCCUGCCCAGUUGGCGAGUGGGUGCGCCGCUGGCGACACCGCCCGCGCGAAUGCUCAUCCAGACCACCGCGACUGGCAUCAAACGCGCUUCUCUUGGAAACAUCAUCAGUCCUCAUUCGUCUACUAACAGCCAUUGCAAGAGCGAAAGGGCGAUGCCGGUGCCGUGGUUCUCGAACAAGGCGACACUGGGCAAGGCCCCUGCGCACACGCAGCGCAUCAGACGGACCGCCCCCAUCAAGUGACGCUGUGUCCGCGGGCUCGCCUCUCGCGCGCCCGAAUAUUUUCGACGGCCAUAUUUUUUAAGCAUUUUUUGUUUGUAAAAAAUUCUUUUAUCGAGACCACCUCAUGUAAGUUUAAGCGAAUUAUAAUUUUUUUAUCUUACUGUACCGGCUAUUAAAUACAGGUGGUUUUUUUAAACAAGCUUCUUUUCGACUUAUUGCCUUAUCUAUAUACUUUUUUUGUAAAAUGAAAAAAUAGAGCAAU